CAAAGUGAAAUUGAAAUCAUCAAAGUGGAAUUGUAAUGAACUCAAAGGAACCGAAAUCCAUGGAAACCACUUGAUGGCGAAGUUAAUACUAACAGCCUCCAAACCCCUUCUGUUCCUCCAAUCAAAACUCUUCUGUUUCUCUCUGUUCUAUCUCUUCGCCUCUCUCUUCCUUGCUCUUUACGUCAUUUCCUCUCAAUCCAAAUGCCUCUUCAGAUCACCCCUUUACGAUCCAAUUCAACCUUCUUCUCUCUUCUCUUAUCCUUCUUCCUAUGGACAGCACAAGUAUGCCAUCUCAACCACACGUUCCACAUGCUCUUCCCCUAUCAAUUUUUCAGAUUACUGGGAUGUUUUGAAGGAGAUUCAGAAUUUGCGCAAAUGUUCCACGAGGACCGUGAGGUACAUGCAGGGGAAUGCUGAUAGUUUCGGUGGGAAUCUCAGCAGCCAUUUAAGGUUUUCUUAUUUUGAUCACCAAAACGAUAGCAGGGAAGUGCCAUGUGGGUUCUUAAAGAAAUUUCCAAUUAGUGAUUAUGAUCGAAUAUCGAUGGAAAAGUGUGAGAGUGUAGUUGUAGUUUCAGCAAUAUUCAAUGACCACGACAAGAUCCGGCAACCUAGGGGCCUUGGGUCCCAAACACUACAAAAUGUCUGUUUCUUCAUGUUCAUAGAUGAUAUUACACUCAAAGGACUUGAAUACCAUGGCUUAAUUUCAACAAAGUCCAGCGAAUACAAGAUAGGUGUGUGGAGGAUUGUGAAGGUUUCAAAAGAGAAUUUGUAUCAGAACCCAGCAAUGAAUGGGGUUAUACCAAAAUAUUUAGUCCAUAGGCUAUUCCCAAAUUCCCAAUUCAGUAUUUGGAUAGAUGCAAAGUUGCAACUAAUGGUUGAUCCAUUGUUGCUCAUUCAUUCACUUGUUAUAUCUCAGAAUGCAGACAUGGCUAUAUCGAAGCACCCAUAUUUUGUUCAUACCAUGGAAGAAGCAAUGGCAACAGCAAGGUGGAAGAAAUGGUGGGAUGUGAAUGCCUUGAAGAUGCAAAUGGAGAUCUACUGUGAAAAUGGAUUGCAACCAUGGAGUCCCAGCAAGCUGCCCUAUGCCUCAGAUGUGCCAGACAGUGCACUGAUCCUGAGGAAGCAUGGACAGAGCAGUAAUCUGUUCUCCUGUCUUAUAUUCAAUGAGUUGGAGGCCUUUAACCCAAGAGACCAAUUGGCUUUUGCAUUUGUCAGAGACCACAUGAAACCCAAGCUGAAGCUGAACAUGUUUGAGGUUGAAGUUUUUGAACAAGUGACAAUGGAGUACAGGCACAAUCUCAAGCCAAGUAGUGAUGUGUCCAUUGCCAAGAAAUUCUCCAUGACAAGAAAAACUGUAAGGGCAGAACCAGAUUUGUUGUAUGAAAAUGGGAGCUGUUGCAGCAGGUGCCAGCAGUAUCUUACCACCAUGUGGGGUGAUUCUCAUCAAUAGUGCCCCAAAAGCAAAGAAAGAAUAACUAUCUUAUAAAGGAGGUCAAAAAAACAAAUCAAAGAAAAUAUAGAACAUCAUAAUUGGAUUUGUCUUUUAACAAGAUGUCAAGAAAAAAACGGG